AAAUGUGGAAAUUUGCCGACGAUACUACGGUCUCUGAAAUUGUUGAAAAAAACGAACAAAGUACUUUACAAAUGGAUAUCGAUGAUAUUACUACUUGGUCUAUGGACAAUUCCUUUCAACUAAACCCAUUUAAAUGCAAAGAAAUGGUAAUAUCCUUUUCACGAUUACCACCUGUUUUUGAACCUAUACGUAUUGGUGACCGAAAUUUGGAAAGAGUGACAAGUAUCAAAUCGCUUGGAGUUAUAUUAAGAAAUGACCUUAAAUGGAUAGACCAUGUAAAUUCAAUUGUCUCCAAAGCAGCUAAACGUUUAUAUUUGUUGAGGCAACUCAAACGUGCUGAUGUCGCUUCGGCAGAUUUGGUCAAAUUUUUUUGCAGCUGUAUAAGGUCUGUCCUCGAAUAUGCGUGCCAAUUAUUCCAUAGUUCCCUGCCACAAAAUCUUGCAAAAAACAUUGAACGUAUACAGAAGCGAGCAAUGAAAAUAAUAUUCUAUGAAUUGUCUUACGACGAGGCUCUUAACAUCGCUGGUAUUUCCACUCUUGAAAACAGACGGGAGUAUCUAUCCAAUAAUCUCUUCAACGACAUUGUUUUAAAUGAUGAUCAUAAACUUGCCAAACUUUUACCAUCCAAAGCAGGCAAUAGAGAAUUACGAAAAGAAAGAUCUUUUGAAGUUUUACCAGCAAAUACAAAUCGUUUCGGAAACUCUUUUAUCAACUUUUAUGCUAAGAAACAUUACAAAUUAGAUGUUCCUUGAACAUUUUAGAAUUUUUAACUCAUAUAGAUUAGUACAUUUAAGUAUAUGAUAUAUAGUAUAUAUUAACAAUUUUUAAAUUGCAUUGUAAUAUAGAAUUUUUUACUAUUUAUAACCUUGUAACACUUAACGUCAUGUAAUUCAGUCUUCUGACUGCCAGAUGAUGUUUUUAUUAAACAAACUAUUCAUUCAAUCAUGGAGUAAUUGAAAUUGGGAUUUCAGAUCAUAGUUUGAUUUAUGCUGUUAAAAAACUAGUUCCUUUAAAAGGACAGAGAACAUGUAGUGAAGUUCGAAAUUUUAAAAACACUUUAAUGAAAGGUUAUUUUUGCACGAUUUGUCUAGGAUCCCUUGGGAUUAUGUCAAUCAAUUUAAUAACCCGAAUGAUAGCUGGCAAGUCUGGAAGUCCUUCUUUAUAGAAAUACUUGAUAGACACGCGCCAAUUCUGAGGAAGUAUAUUAAAACUAAAAAAAUUCCAUGGCUAAAUGCCUCUAUUAAGCAACUAAUGAGGCAAAGAGAUUUUCAUAAAAUAAUGUUUAAAAAAAUUAAUUCAGAGAUGCAUUGGGAAAAAUUUAAAACCAUUAGAAAUAAAAUUAAUGCUGCAUGAAAUUAAAAAUCUUAAAGCUAACUAUUUCAAUACUAAAAUAUCUGAGUAUCUUCAGCAUAAGAACGUAAAGAAAAGUUGGUCCUUGAUUAAUAACCUACUUGGGAAAAAUUCAAAAUCAACCAUUAUCAAUGAAAUUAGGACUGAUAAUAAUGUAAUUCUUACAAAUAGAAACCUAAUUGCAAACAAAUUAAAUGAUUAUUUUGUUAAUAUUGGUCCAUCGCUUGCACUCGGGGUGGAAGAAAAUCAUACCUCUGCUGGUGUGACAAAUCGUGGUGAUUUAGAAUGUAACACAAUUUUUUGUUUUUCUGAUAUAAGUGUUCAUCAAGUUCUAAACAACUUAAAACAACUAGUAACAUCCAAAGCUACUGGCGUAGACAAAAUUCCAGCUAAAGUUCUUAAAUUAUCUGCAGAUAUAAUUGCGCUAUCUCUGACAACAAUCUUUAACCAAUCACUACAUAGUGGCAUAUUUGUCAAUGACUGGAAAUUAGCACGUGUGCAACCGAUUUAUAAAUUUGAGGAUAGAAGCAAAUGCGAAAAUUACCGUCCAAUUUCUAUUCUCCCAGUUGUAAGUAAAAUCUUUGAAAAAGAAAUUUUUCAGCAACUAUAUAGUUAUUUAUCUGCAAACUCACUAAUUUCAAAGUUUCAAUCUGGAUUUCGACCUAAACAUUCAUCUCUAAUCUUACUUCUCCAGAUGUGCGAUGAAUGGCUAAAAAAUAUGGAUGAGGGUAAAAUAACUGGUCUUGUUUCUCUGGAUAUCAAGAAAGCAUUUGAUUCAAUUAACCAUCAAAUUUUAAUGUCAAAAAUGAAAGACCAGUUUGGUAUUCGUGAAAAUGAAUUCAAUUGGUUUACCUCUUACUUGACUGAUCGUCAGCAAGUUUGCUGUGUAAAUAAACAUAUAUCCUCUUGGAAAUCCAUAGAAAGUGGUGUGCCGCAGGGGUCGAUCCAUUCUCGGUCCUUUGAUGUUUUUAUUUAUAUUAAUGAUUUGCCGCAAUACUUAAAAUUUACAGCUCCGGCUUUAUAUGCUGAUGAUACGCAGAUAUUUGCCUCGUCUGAUAAUUAUGAUGAACUGGUGGAACUAUUAAACUCUGAUUUGAAAAAUAUUAGUAGAAGGCUCUCGGAUAACAAAAUACAACACCAUACUACUAAAACUAAGCUAAUGUUCAUAGGCUCCCG